CAUUUCUAUUAUAUUUUUCACCUAUACACACACAAGUACUAUACAACUAGUAUAUCUAUCUAUACAAAUACAAUCAACUACUAUUCUGACCGUGUACCCUCAUACAUAGUACUACCUUUGCUAUGCUACCUUGUCUUUACUCUUGUUCUUGUUCCUAAAACUGGUCUGGUUGUUGCAUUCAUUCAGAGUGUUAGGUGGAUAGAUAGAUAGAUAGAUAGAAAGAAAGAAUCUCUCUUCUUCUUAUCUCUUUCCUCCUUCCAUAAUUCACUUCAACAACGAAGAAACACUCUCUGUCUGUGAUGGAUCUUAAUUAUGUUUGAAUUCUUAUCAAAGUGCAAAAAAUUGAAUCUUUUUUUGAAACCAUAGAUUGGAUUUGAUGGGUGAAGUAUGUGAAUUUCGAAGCUGGGAUGAAUUGAUUCCUGAUGCAUUAGGGGUGAUCUUCACAAAUCUUUCUCUACAAGAGAGAGUGACAGUGAUUCCAAGGGUAUGCAAAUCAUGGGCUAGAGCAGUUUCUGGACCUUAUUGUUGGCAAGAGAUAGACAUUGAGGAAUGGAGUAAUCACUGUCAACCUGACAAACUUGACCAAAUGCUUCAUAUGCUUAUCAAUAAAAGUUGUGGAUCUCUCAGAAAGCUGUGUGUUUCUGGUCUUCAAUCUGAGUCCAUUUUCACUUUCAUUGCUGAAAAUGCUGGAUCUCUUAGGAGUUUAAGGCUGCCGAGGAGUAAUAUGAGUGAUUUGGUUGUGGAACAAAUUGCUGGAAAAUUUUCCAUGAUAACUUUCUUGGAUGUGAGCUAUUGUAUCAAAAUCGGCGCGUCUGCUAUUGAAAUGAUUGGCAUGAACUGCAAAAUGCUAGAAGGGUUGUGCAGGAACAUGCAUCCGUUGGAUACCGCAGACAAGCCGCUACAAGACGACGAGGCAUACGCGAUUGCAGCCACAAUGCCUAAGCUCAAGCAUCUAGAAAUGGCUUAUCAAAGGAUCAGCACUUUGGGGGUUGUUCGGAUAUUUUCGAGCUGUCCUAAGCUUGAGUUUUUGGAUCUGCGAGGGUGUUGGAGUGUUAACCUUGAUAAUAACGUGUCUGCGAAGCAGGGUUUUCCGAAACUUAGAGUUUUGGGGCCUUAUGUUCUUGGUGCCUAUGAGAUUGAUGAUUGGGAUGAUGAUUACUCCGAUGUUUCGGAUGACUUUGCUUGGAAUUUUGAAGAUGGUAAUGAUUACUAUGUUGAUUAUGAUAGUGAUGGUUAUGAAGGGAGAAUAGAAGAUGAACUUGAGUUUGGAUUUUAUGAAGGGAUAGAAGAUGCUGCAAUGUAUUGGCCUCCAUCUCCAUAAUUUGAAUGUGUUUAUAUUUCACUAAUUAUUAAUACCUCUUGCGAUUUAUUAUAAGAAAAAAUUCACUUUUUAAAUACAUUCAAUAAUCAAUGGAUUUGAAUCUAGAUAUAUUCAGAUAUAUUGAUUAUUGAAUGUAUUUAAAAGAUGAACUUUUUCUUUAUAAUAAUGAAUAGAAGGAAAUAUUAAUUGUAUGGUUUUUCUAUUGUGUAACUAAUGUUUCAACUUGACUUUUA